AUGUUGUCAGUCGCAUCGCGCGCGAGCGCCCGCGCGUCACCCUCGAGCGCGUCGUCGUCGUCCCGCACGAGGUCGACGAGAAGUGGAUAUCGUUCGCGUCAUCGCGCCGUCGCGCGCGCGACGAGCGAGAAGGCGAAACCGGAUUGGGCCGGUGACGACGCGCUGUCCAAGCUCGUCGACGCCGCGAUCUCCAACGAGUUGCUGUACGAAAACAUCAUGAAACCGAUGGCACGAAGGACGCUGAUUCAGACGGCGGAGAAGAAUGGCAUUCAGUGGCGCGACGAGGCGAAGCGCCUGGAGGGCGACUCGAGGGUGUACGAAGCGUUCGAGGCGAUCAAGGACGAUUCGAUCGAAUACCCGGAGUAUUACUUGAAACCGUUUCACGCGUACAGCGAAGGGAAUUUAUGCUGGCUCGCCGCUACGGAGGCGAGAAGCGCGACGUAUUCCAUGGCGCUCCGCGUUUGGCCCAAGGAUAGAAUCACGGCGGAGACGGCGCAGCAAAGGUUGAGAGACUCGUACACCGACACCGUGCGCGCGCAUCGAGAAAAGUAUAACGAGGCCACUGACGUCGAGCCGAAGAAAAUUCUCGACGUUGGGUGUUCGGUGGGGAUGUCGACGCGCUACUUGAGCGAGGCGUUUCCGCAAGCCGAAAUCGUGGGACUCGAUUUGUCGCCGUACAUGCUCGCCGUGGCGAGCGUGAGUGAUCAAGGCGUGGAAGGAAGCGAGCGACGCACGUGGGUUCACGGUAAAGGCGAAGACACCAAGUACUCCGAUGCGACAUUUGACAUCGUUUCGCUCGCCUUUGUGAUUCACGAGUGUCCCGAGAACGCGACGGCGGCGCUCAUGAAGGAGGCGCAUCGCGUGUUGAAACCGGGCGGUACGUUUGUGAUGACGGAUAACAACCCGCAGAGUCCGGUAAUUCAAAAGCUUCCACCGGCGUUGUUCACGCUCAUGAAGUCUACGGAGCCGCACUCGAACGAAUAUUACACCAUCGACGUGCAGCAAAUGUUGACAAACGCCGGUUUCGAAAACGUGCAUCAAGAACAAACGGAUCCGCGUCACCGCACCGUGUGCGGGUCGAAGAAAAUGUAAGCGCCGUGUAGGGCUCUACUCAUUAAUAGUACCAUGCAAUUACAACACCUCCUCUUGUCCGAGCUC